CUCUCCUUGGUGUACCUGUCCCGGGGAAUAUAAACAUCUCCCACGCGGCCGUAUUUCUCAAAAACUCGGCGCAGAGUCUCCGGUGAAGUACGGUACGUCAGGUUGUCCACUUUCAGGGAGGUCAUCCCCUCAACGUCUGGCGGCGCCCUUCCGUAGCUCAUUGUCUCUGUCUCCAGUCAACACAGCAGCUCAGCCCAACCCCGUUAGGUCCCACUGUUAUGCUCGUCUUGUUAUGUUCCAAUUUGUGUAAUUAUUGCAAAUUUUGUCAAUGUUAUGACACUGGCUGUCGUCUCUACGGCACUGUUUUCACGUGAAAUGGCGGCAAUAAAGCUUCCUUUUCCUCUUUCUUUGCGCCCGUGUUGGCUUCCUCUGAUUGGCUACUCGACGAUUCACCUUCUACCACUUCUGCCGCAGCACUGCCCUCUGUCGACAGGGAGUCGCUUUAAACAACAAUAUUGGACGGACCGCUACCUUCGUUCUCUUUAGAUUUGUUAAAAAAUAUUAUACAAGCUAGUUGUGAUGAGUUAACAGUGUGUUUGUUGCACUUAAAAAUGCCGGACAGUGUUACUGUGAAUCCAGGGUCGGUGUCUUACAGUUUAGUCCCUGUGGCACUACUUGUUGCAGUACCAAAAAAAACCGUUUUGCAUCACAGCGACAAUCUUUCCCGUUUUUUACGCUAAAUUUAGUUUUCUACUGCCAAUUUCCCCUCGUGUUUACAGGGUAAUGUAGUUUUUGCUCUGUGUGUAUCCCACAGCGCCGUCCUAUCUGCACUGCAGUCAGCGCUACUCGCACAUUUGGCGUAGGAAGGUCACGUUACAAAGUGGGUCGGCAGUAUCUGCUGCUGGAGAGAGGAGGACUGCGCAAAAACCACGGCCCGGAUUUGUGCCUGCCUUACGUCAUGGGGAGCCUCGGACCUCUCUGACAGGAUCCAACAACGAGAGGCACCGGGGAUGGCGUGUGAUCAACAUACAGAAGGCUGGGACAUGUCGUCGAGCACACGUCUGUUUUGAGCCACACACUAGCCCUUAGAGUAAAACCAGUCACGGAGAUUUCUCGCUUUGAUUGCGGCUCACCAUGAGAGAGAUUGUCCGCUGUUAAAGGGACAACUACGGCUGUUUUCUGCCUCAAAAACAAGCGGUUGACCGGGGAAGGAUAAGCAGCUGGAAAACUAAUCCCCGAGGAAGGUCGCGUUCACUGCGGGGCUUGGACCCGAUAGAAAUGGACAUGCAGGGCAGCACGAACUGGAUUUAAUAAUAGGGAAUAAACGAGACGCCGCGAACAAAGCGUACCCGAAGUGUUAUGCCAGUUAAUCCGUGUGGUCUUUAUUUGACUGGAAAUGGGAGCUUUAACAAGCAGACAAAACAUAGGCGUGGAAGAAGUGGACAUUCCGUCCAGUUCGGUGUACCGUUAUCCACCGAAAUCUGGAAGUUACUUCGCCAGCCAUUUCAUCAUGGGGGGAGAGAAGUUUGACUCCACCCAUCCGGAGGGUUACCUGUUUGGGGAAAACACAGACCUUAACUUCCUGGGGAUGAGACCUGUGGCGUUCCCAUACGCAGCCCCUCCCCCUCAGGAACCAGUUAAGACGUUACGAAGUCUUAUAAACAUCCGUAAGGACACUCUGCGGCUCGUACGGUGCAGUGAGGACCUGAAGCUGCCGGGUGACGAGGCGGCGGGGAAGAACAGGGCCUGUUACAACGUAGAGUUCACCUUUGACGCUGACACACAGGUGGCCAUAACCAUCUACUACCAGGCCAUGGAGGAGUUUCACAGUGGAGUGCCAGUGUACCUGCCUCAGGACAGCUCUCUGCAGUCUGAGACGGUGCAUUUUAAGAGGGGAGUGUGCCAGCAGUUCUGUCUGCCCUCACACACCGUCAACCUUAGCGAGUGGGCCGACGAGGAGCUACUCUUUGACAUGGACAAAGAGGUUUUCCCCAUGGUGGUGCAGGCUGUUGUCGACGAGGGGGAUGAACAUCUGGGCCACUCACACAUACUGCUGGCUACAUUUGAAAAGCACAUGGACAGCAGCUACUGUGUGAAGCCUCUGAAGCAGAAACAAGUGGUGGAUGGAGUGAGUUAUCUACUGCAGGAGAUCUAUGGGAUCGAGAACAAAUACAACAGCCAAGAAUCAAAGGUUGCUGACGAUGAGAUCAGUGACAACAGUGCUGAGUGUGUGGUGUGUUUGUCGGAUGUGCGAGACACACUCAUCCUCCCGUGCAGACACCUGUGUCUCUGCAACGCCUGCGCAGACACUCUGCGCUACCAGGCCAACUGCUGCCCCAUCUGCAGGCUGCCAUUCAGAGCUCUGCUGCAGAUCCGAGCCAUGAGGAAGAAACUGAGUCCUCUGUCACCCACCAGCUUUAACCCCGUCAUCACUUCACAGACCUCUGACUCGGAGGAACACUCGGCGUCGGAGCACAUCCCUCCGGGCUAUGAGGUGGUGUCUCUCCUGGAGGCGUUGAACGGCCCCCUCAGCACCUCCUCUGUGAAUCCCCCUCCUCUCCACUCCGGUCCCAGCAACAUUACUGGGACGCUGCCUCCGUACAGCAGUGAGCCUCACCCGGCACCGGCACGCUCCCUCUCCCCUCUCGACCACUCCAACUCCAGUCAGGGACUCAAACUCAAGAAGAGUGGUUCAAAGUCACUUUCCCAGAAUUCAUCUGUGCUUCCUGAGGAGGAGGACGAGAAAUCUUGCAGUGAAUCCGAGGCCUGUCGCCACAAACUUGCCGUAGGCCAGCAGGAGAACGGAGUGACUCCAGACAGCGAGAACCUGACUCUCUCCUCCUCUGGAGCCAUCGACCAGUCUUCCUGCACAGGAACCCCACUGUCUUCCACCAUCACCUCCCCUGAAGACCCAGUGAGCACCAGCCUGGUCCAGUCAGUGAUGUCCAUGGCCUCGUCCCACUCGCAGCACUCCCACAUCAGCACUGACACCAUGUCCUCCAUGUCAGGGUCCUACCUGGCUGGGGCUGAAGGUGAGCCCGGGGGGGACGAGGGCGGAGAUGCCGAGGGCGACGAGAACCAGGACGCCCCCAUGGAGAGCCGAGGACCGUCGCAGCAGGGCGGGGAGUUUUCCCAGGAGCCAAAGGAACAAAACUACUCAGUGGCUGUGGAGGAGCAAGACUCAGAGGGGAAUGAUGUCACUGAAGAGGACUGCUCCUCCCCAUCCAAUGGGAAAGGUGGGCGGAGCAGGUGUCCAGAGUUGGCCAAUAACAAUCAGGGCGUCGCCCUCUGUGACACGCCCUCUUUGGGGUUGGAUAAUGAGCAGGCUCCCGACAGCCGAUUCGCCGAUGAGGAGUCGUGCCCAGUGCACAUUGAGGACUAGGCCUGAUGUACCUCGGGGGCUACAGGCCUGUCUUGGAGCCCCCCGCCCACCACAGCUCCACCAGCAACAUCAACAUGGAGGAGCAGGGGGCUGAGAACCGGGACGGCCAGAGUCCCAAACAUCCCCGCCGCGGACCACUCAUUGUGUAACACACUCAAACACACACACACAGAAAACCAGAUUUCUCCGUCCAGAGUCAGCUUACCCUGCCAUAGUGCUGCAUUGCUGGAUAUUGUCCUGCAGGGAACCCCCACACCCACCCCCCUAUACCAUCUGUCUUGAUUGUCGCUGCUGGCACUAAACUUCUCCCGAGCAGAAAGAGGAGGAAAGAGGAACAGAAGGGCAUCAUAUGGCUGUCGUCAGUGCACUUUUAGCUCAGUGUAUUUUCUUUGUUUAGAUUUUGUUGUAUUUAGCCCACUGCUACGUUAUUAUUUAUUACCUGUAGGUCUAACCAAUGAGAGCUUUGUAUUGUGACACUAUAUCUAUGAAAAUACAUGCUACUCCUCUCCUCUCCUUUCCGCUCUACUCUUACCAGCCAAACAGUCAGGGGCUACUGUGAUCGGCAAUCUGAUUUAUUACUGAUGUACUUCUUCUCCCUUAUAAACUGUAUGUUGAACAAGUGUUUGUACACUACUUUAAAGUCAGCUCACACCGGACUACCUUACCUUGGCGAACUAACACGUGCUGACUCUUGUCUUCGGAUCAGGGAGCUCCCGUCUUGACUUCGCAUGCAGCUUUCAACCUCUGCAGAUGUUUCUCUUUCCCGCCAUUUUUUUCCAAACAGCCUCGGACUUGUAAGGCGGCGGAGGAGCCAGGAAAUGGCGGCCAAAAUGAACAGAAAUGGACUGGAAAGAAAGACAAAAAAAAAAAAGGCACGUCACAACGAAUGUAAGACGAUGAACGUUGUUCUCUUAGAAGGGGAAUGUACAUGACAUUUAAAUUGUCAUCUCAACUGAGAUUCAAUAUGAACUUCGAACCCUAAACUGGUUCUUUACACACAAACACACCAACCACGCCAUACUCUCUUUCUUCAGUUCCAUCUUAGCAUGUCAGUAUUAUCUUAGUGCAACUGGAAUCCAACAAGAACCACCAAGCAAUACCAAUCUUCAUCUCUUGCAGUUCAAACUGUCCUGCAUUCAAAUCCAGACAUUUCAAUGUGUUUAAUUUUAUUUGUGAUUUUGUUUUUUGCCAUUGUGAAGGGAUUUAUGGGGGAAAACAUGAUACAGUGAAUUUGAGAACCUAAAGGUGAGAUUUAGGUGACUGUUAGCUGGCAUUUGGUUCAUCCUCAUUUUAACAUAAUCUCUACGAGCCCCUUUCUCCUCGUUCGUGAAGCUUUUAGUUGUUUGUUUUGUAAAACCUUAAUGUAUAGCUCACACAUUGUCGAUGUUCUAUGCUCCCAUGCUUUUAAUUUGUUGCAAAACACUGUGUCAUUUACUAGAACGUGAAUGAAAACAAGGUUUACACACUCGCAUAACGAAAAACUGAAAAAGGGACAAUGUCAACAUUUAAUGCACUAUUAUCUGUUUCCUAGACAACACACUUUGCGGUGCAUGAGGUGAUAGUAGAGUAAGCAUGUUAGUCUAGGUCAGCCUGCACCCUCCUGUAGAAAACUUGAUGAUGGAUCACUGCACACACAAAGCCGGACCAUAUCCCCUCUGCAGUGUUAUAUAUCGGUUUCAGGAGGCCUAUUCCCUCGACCCGGACUGUUGGGUCAGGAGGACUGCAUUAGUAUAUCCAAACUGCAACCAGUCAUGUGAUCACUGAUCGAAUGUGUAUAUGAAGCUGUUCUCUGGCACCAGUCACAGUAUGAUAUCAAAGGAAUGGGUCCAAAUCUGCAAGACCCCCACUUUUCUAGAACUAUGGGUGAAAAUGUCAAAGAAAACAUCAAACAGAUAAUAAAGUUUUUGCAACUAAA